AUGACUGUUGUAAUAGAGAAAAUAGAGAUUGGUACAAAUUCAGCGAAUUAUUUGGAAGGGACAGGUGUGAUCGAAAAGGGUAAUAAUGGAACAACAGAAGCAUCAGAUCAAGAAGGCGAGAAGAGGAUGAAGAGUAAUGGAAUAGGAGGGCAAAAUGGCACGCAUCAGACCAGUAGCCAACGCACUGAUCAACAAGAGCCUAUUGCUUCAUCUUCAAAAUCCCCAAACGGCAUUGUUCGCAGUGAAAACAUGUCAACGAAAACCGUUGUUAAUAAAGUUGAAAAUUCGCAACAAAAUUCAUCAGUUGAUGAAAGUAAUAAUUUUUCGAAUAAGUUCAUCGACGAAGACUUCGCAAGCGUUGAGGAUUCUCACUUCAUUUACUAUCUGAUUACGUUUGCUAUUAUUCUGACGUUAUUAUAUAUCGGUGCUCACAAUAAGAAGAAAAUAUUGGGUUUAUUGAUCGAAGGUCGUAAAUCAGCGAAUGCAUCACGACGCUCCUCAAUUCGUUAUAAAAGACUGAGUCAGAGUGAGAAUCCCUCAGAAAAAGCAGCUUCAUCGUCGUAUCGUGAUACAGAUCCUAAUAUUAUUUAUUAA